UGCGUGUUGAGCGCUUCUCUCCGCAUCUGUGCAUGCAUUUUCUCCCUGCCUUUAAAGGCCUCAGGAUCUACGCCACAUCAUUGAGACUGUGGCCGGUACUUGCCGCAGGAGUCAUAGGGUGGACGAUCGGGAACCGCACAAGUUAGGAAAUGGACUCAGUGACCUUUGAGGAUGUGGCUGUGAACUUCAGUCUGGAAGAGUGGGCUCUGCUGGAUCCUUCACAGAAGAAGCUCUAUAGAGAUGUGAUGCGGGAAACCUUGAGGAAUCUGGCCUCAGUAGGGAGAAAAUGGGAAGACCAUAACAUUGAAGAUAAGUACAAAAACCAGGAAAGAAAUCUAAGACGUCAUAUAGUAGAGAGACUCUGUGAAAGUAACGAAGGUAGUCUGUGUGGAGAAAAGUUCAGCCGUCUUUCAGAUCUCAAUCUGAACAAGAAAACUCCUAGUAAAGGAAAAUCAUGGGAGUGCAGUGCAUGUGGAAAAGUCUUCAUGAGCCGUUCAUCCCUUAAUAGGCACGUGCGCUCUCAUACUGCGCCCAAACCAUACAAGUAUCAGGAGUAUGGAAAGAAGCCUUAUAAAUGUAAGAUAUGUGGGAAAGCCUUCAGUUACCUCCAACCGUUUCAAAAACAUGAAAGAAACCACAGUGUAGAGAAAUCCUAUAAAUGUAAGGAAUGUGGGAAAUCCUUUAGAUAUCGCCAAUCUGUUCGCAAACAUGAACGGACUCACACUGGAGAGAAACCCUAUGAAUGUAAACAAUGUGGAAAAGCCUUUAGAUAUCAUCAAACCUUCCAAACACAUGAAAGGACUCACACCGGAGAGAAGCCCUACGAAUGUAAACAGUGUGGUAAAGCCCUCAGUUGUCCCAGUUCCUAUCGAAGUCAUGAAAGGACUCACACUGGAGAGAAACCCUAUGAAUGUGAAAAGUGUAGUAAAGCAUUCAGUUGCCCCAGUUCUCUUCGAAAACAUGAAAGAACCCACACUGGAGAGAAACCCUAUGACUGCAAAGAAUGCGGGAAGGCCUUUAUUUCUCUUGGAAGCUUUCAAAGACACAUGAUAACACAUACUGGAGAUGGACCUUACAAAUGUAAGGCAUGUGGGAAGGCAUUUAAUUGUCCCAGUUCAUACAGAAUACAUGAAAGAUCUCACACUGGAGAGAAACCCUACGAAUGUAAGCAGUGUGGUAAAGCCUUCAGUUGUUCUAGUUCCUUUCGAACACAUGAAAGAACUCACACUGGAGAGAAGCCCUACCAAUGUAAGGAGUGUGGGAAAGCUUUCCAUUGGCUCACCACUUUCCAAGUCCAUGUGAGAACUCACACUGGAGAGAAGCCCUAUAUAUGUAAGCUGUGUGGGAAAGCCCUCAGUUGUCCCACUUCCUUUCGAAGACAUGAAAGGACUCACAGUGCAGAGAAACCCUAUGAGUGUAAACAGUGUGGGAAAACCUUCAGUUCUUCUCUAGGUUUGCAAAUACAUGGAAGAACUCACACUGGAGAGAAGCCCUAUAAAUGUGAGGAAUGUGGAAAAGCAUUUGUAUCUCUCACAAGCUUUCGAAGACACAUGAUGACGCACACUGGAGAUGGACCUUACAAAUGUAAGGAGUGUGGCAAAGCGUUCAACUGUCCCAGUUCAUUUCGAAUACAUGAAAGGACUCACACUGGAGAGAAACCCUACGAAUGUAAAAUUUGUGGUAAAGCCUUCAGUUGUUCCAGUUAUGUUCAAGUACAUGAAAGAACUCACACUGGAGAGAAACCCUAUGAAUGUAAGGAGUGUGGGAAGGCCUUCAUUUAUCGCACAACCUUUCGAGGCCACAUGAGAAUGCACACUGGAGAGAAACCCUAUAAAUGUGAAGACUGUGGGAAAGCCUUUAGUCGACCCAGUUCAUUUAGAAGCCAUGAAAGAAUUCACACUGGAGAGAAACUUCUUCAGUGUAAGCAUUGUGGGAAGGCCUUCAACUGGCCCACAUCCUUACACAAACAUGUCAUGAGAAUGCACACUGGAUAAAUUACAACUGAUAAACACAAGAAGGUUUUCAUUCUUCACAUGGAAAGAAAUGUGAAAAUUCCACUGGAGAGAUGGCUAUAAAUGUAAGUAAUACAGGAAGGCCUGAUGCAAAUUAAUUCACAUUUAAUACUCCAGAAAAUUUGUGACAUGAAAUAUGUUUUAAAAGAUAAAAAUAGCUUUUCUUUGUCAGUGGCUCAUACUGAAACUCAGUCUCUGGCUAUGGAUUCUAUUUGCUACUUGUGCAAAUGAACAGUGACUUGAGACAAUUCUGUAAGUACUUUUUAAGCAGUGGCACAUCGCUUUUAGUAUGUAAUGCUUUUCCUUAAAUCAGCUUAUAAAAUCUCUGAAGUCUAUUGGUGAAUUGAAAUAUAAAUGUAAUAUAUACUAGUAGGGUUAAUUUUAUAUACAUUUUUAAUUGUUCUAUAAGUUAAGGGGAAUAAUGAUACUUUGUUAUUUCUUAGGAUUUUCCUAUUGGCUUCAUAUGGCAAAUGCCAGAUAUUCCUUAUCCAUUAUAAAUAUUCUUCCUUUGUUAUGAUAAAAAAAAAAACUUUCUUUUUCUUUCAUCAGAAGAGCCUUACUAAUUCACCUUACAAAUAGAUAGUUGGCAUAAAUUUGUAAAUAGGAAAAGUUUAUCAUAGAGUAUAAUCUCACUGGAAUCACUAUUUAUAUCUAUUCCCCCUCACUCGUUGUCAUUCCCUCUGACAGUGAUUUGGAUGAUGACUUUACAUUAAGGAGAGCAACCUGUAUUGACAUCAACCUCAAACUUACAAAACAACUUUAAAAUGUUUACAAUUAUAAUUGUUUUAGAUUUAAAUUCACAGCUAUAAUAUCUUUGUACCAAAGCAACAUUCCCACCUCCCCUCAACCCAUUAAAAUCUUCCUACAGUAUUCUAUGUUACCAUUUAAGGUAUCUUUUACCCAUAAUACAAUCAGAAUGAUUAUAUGAUCUCACUGAUGUCACCCAGUGGUCUCACCAUCCCUCUGUCCAUACUGAGCACCUACUGGGUACCUGAGCUGGACACUGGGCUUACAACAGUGAGCAUAACUAAGGUGGUCACUGCUCUCACAGUGCUUCACAUCUAUGAAACUAAAUAAAAUCACGUUUCUAGCUUCUUUCCUAAGUGUUUUUAACACUUAAACUUUGAUUCAUUUUUGUAAUAACAUUAACUUUGGUAUACCAAUAAGCCUUUAAUUUGUUUUAAAAAAAAGAAACAAAAAGAAACAGAAAAAAGGAGACCUGUGACAGGACAAUAAAAUGUAGAAUUAGAGAUGGGUUUCCCAAAAUAUGUUACAUCAACAUGGGUAAUGUUGUGACCUACAUUUUCUAGAACAUUUUCUGGUUUUUUUAUGGGUCCAUGUUAAAAUUCAUUAACAAUCUCAUUCGCAUGAGAUUUGGAAGGCCUUAGUGUUUGAGCCACAAAGCACAGAAAGACAGAUGCAUUGAUAUUUCAUAUAUACCCGCUUCCAACCCAUUUUCCUGAUUCUUUGUCCUGCCAGCCAAAAGCAACCUCAGUGCUACCACCACUACAUGACUCUCACUUUCUCAGAGCUGUAGGUUUCCACAGAUGCCUCCACAAGAUCCACAGCAAAGAUCCAUCAGUUUUGGAUUUUCCUACAAGCCUUCAUGCAACCAAUGUAGACUCAUGUUUGAAAAUGUUCUCUGAAACGCUGACUGCCUUCUUGUCUAGACAGUAUUUGAAUAAGGUCUAAUUUGUAUAGCAGACAUUUCAUUCUGUUAACAUUGUUAGUGACCAUGUCCCUGAUUCCACCAAAACAGCUACAGUGGUGCCGUCAGAACCACAUGGGAGUCGGUCCUGCUGCUGCACGUGCAGUGACUGCUCUGACAGUCCCUCCACGUGAGCAGUGGCACCUUCCUCGUGUCAGGCAGAUCGUGGGUAUUUCUGAUUACAGCUGAACGUAAGUCCUCAGUACAUUUUAUUAUGUUUGUAUGUGAUUUAAAACUGUUCAUUUUUUUUGUCGAACAAAUGCUUCUGUAUGUGUUUUGUGCACUAACAAAUAUCUCUUCCACUUCCUGAUAGGAUAUAUUAAAACAUCCCAUUGCAGUUAUGGAUUUUUAGACCAAUUUUGUGAUUUGUCCAGUUAAUCAUUGUAUAUGGUGAAUCAGUGUUAUCAUGUAUAUUUUUCUUCAGGCAAGUUUUUUUUAAAUUUUCCUAUAGUUAAAAAUGUUUGUG